UUAUGGCAACCCUAGUCAUUGUGCCCUUCCUAGUGAAAACUUAAAAACACUAUAUUUUAUAUUAGUACUUCUUAAGGUAUCUGAUGUGGUGCAUUGGCAGAAUUUUUCUCCCAAUAUGCCAGGGACCACCAUUAUCAUUAUGCCCAUUAUCUAUAACUUUUGCUUUCUUUCCUGGAAACGUGCCAUGGACUGACAGCCAAUAGCUUUCAGACUGAUGUCAGUCCAUGAACCUACCUCUUUGAGUAGCACUGUUUCAUGUAACAGAAUGUCACCUAUACAUUUUCACAGUACUUCUAACUCAAGAAACAUAUUUGAUCCCUGGAAAGUUGCUGGAAUACUUUGUUAGUGACAUUUUAAUGUGAAUGGUGAUGUGUGUGUGUGUGUGUCUGUGUGUUUAAAUUGCCAUGUCUUUUCACAGUACCUGGCACCAGAAGUGCUGAAGAAACAACCCUAUGACAGAACUGUAGAUUGGUGGUGUCUUGGAGCAGUCCUGUAUGAAAUGCUAUUUGGCCUGCCUCCAUUUUACAGCCGAGACGUGUCUCAGAUGUAUGAUAAUAUUCUGCACAAGCCACUUCAGAUUCAAGGAACCAAGACCAUUGCAGCCUGUGACAUCCUGCAAGGACUUCUUCAUAAAGAUCAGAAGAAGAGGCUGGGUGCCAAGACAGACUUUCUUGAGAUAAAGAACCAUGUUUUCUUCAGUCCAAUAAACUGGGAUGACUUGUAUAAUAAGAAGAUUGCUCCUCCAUUUGAUCCCAAUGUAGCUGGUCCUGCUGACUUACGACAUUUUGACCCAGAAUUCACUCGGGAAGCAGUGUCCAGCUCCAUCAUCCGUACCCCUGACUUAGGUGCCAGCAGUUCCAGUGCAACGGAUGCUUUUCUGGGUUUUUCAUACGCACCGAAUGAUGAGGACUAAAGCAACCUGUGUAAACAAAGCUUGAGAAACCCAGUUUUAGCUUUUGGCUUAAAUGAAAGAAAGUCACUUCUCUCUGACUAAUCUUCUAACUGGAACAGAACCAACAUCUCCAGCUUUGAGAUACAGGACCUCACAAUGUGAAUAUUCCUCUUAACUUGAGGGGAAAUGCUGAUUAUUUUAGUUAGCAUUAUUUUAUUUCUAAAGACUUGAACACAUUUAAUGACACAAUCUUGUGCCAAAAUGGAUGUUGUCCUAUUUAAGAAUGCAAGUUAAUGUCUGUUGAGAUUGCUAUAGGCUGUUUGAGAGGGACCCAAGGUAUUCAAGAUGACCAAUGAUUCUGGAUGCAGUUGUUUUACAUCUGCUUGGAUUAUCUGCCUCCCCAACUUCUGAUUCACCUCAGAUUGAUCUAUUUUUGAUGCUCUUUCAGGGCCUUUUAGACCAUGCCUCUUUCUUGAAAAACAAUUUUGACUUUCUUUAUUGAGGCCCUUUUGAUUGCCUCAGGGAGAAGAAGGCUACCAGUGAAGACUGUUGCAGCUAGCCAGAGAAUCUAAGGGCUUUCCUUUCUCCAACUGCCAAUUCAUUGAUAUUAGUCCUUCUGUAUUUUCAUGGCACUGCAUUCUCCCUUUUCAAAUUGCCCCUUUUCUUUUAUAUUUUUUAAAAACAUUGUGGGCCUAAAGUCAUGCCAACCAGCAGUUUGCAUGAGUUUAUUUUUCAGGGUUGAAUGCACUGCUCCCCAGCUAGCUGGCACUGAUUGAGAGUUGAAAAGUGCGUACUUCAUCACAUCACACUCGUACUAGAUUUUGUGACAUGACAUUUUACCUUGGAAAUCUGGCCAGCUCACUCUGCUUACAUUUUUAGUAACCUUGUUAAUUUUUGCCUGCUGGGCAAGAAAAUUACAUAGUGAUAAGGGUCUGGUCAUAACUACCUCUUUACAGUACAAAGAACAAGCAAAUAAUGUUGUUUUUAAGAACAUAAAGAAAUCACAUAUGUAAGACCUGCCUAUUAAGGACUGCUCAGCACAAGUUAAUUCUAUCAAUGUAUAAUCUUCUAUUUACAAAAUGGAGCAAUGCAGCUUCCAGCUAGUGCAACAAUACUUGCCUCGGUUGGAGCCUUAUUGCCUUAGUUUUACACCACACUAUUAUUCACCCCAGAGUGUUUUAUAAAGCACCUCAUUCACUAAUGUUCCACUCUGAAUCAUUCCAAAUUUUCCACUAUUUUUUUAAUCUCUUAGAUUGUAAGGGAGUCUCCUACAGAAAAUGAAUAUGUAAGAACUUGGAUGAAUAACAAAGCAGAUUCUGUAGAAAAGAACUUGUCUUACUGCAGCUAAAGGCAAAACGCAACUAAUGCGCUACAUAGGCAGAGCCAGAAUUGACUAGAAUGGGCUUCUAGCAUGCAUAAGAUCACAAACAUCAUUAAAAGAACAAAUGGAUGCUAUGACCUGAAUGGAAGCAGAACUUUUCCUAUCCUAUUUAAAGAAGCACAAAGAAUAGGGUGUGUAUCUGGUGUCUGGAGAAUUCAGCUGCAAUAAGGAAUGUAUAUGACAGAAAAACUGCUGAGUUUUGGUGCUUGUGUAUUUUCCCUGCCUUUAAAAAGAAAAUUGUGCCCAAGGUUAAUCUCAACAGCAGCCUUUAUCUUGUCUCAAAGACUUUGGUCUUCGGUGCAUUUAACUUUUAAAAUGUUUAACUGUAUGUUAAGAAAAAUGCCUCUUAGUCAUCUUGCUUGCUAUAGGAAUCCCCCCUAAUUUUUUUUACUCAUCAUUGUCAUUGAGGCUAUGACUGAAGAAAUGAAUUGGUUCAUAUGACAGUCUUGCCUGCCUGUUCCUCUCUUUGUUGACACAUGUUGAGAAAACGUCAUAAUUGUGUUGAAAGAAGCUUGCAUUUUAUUUUGUGCUCUCCUCCUCCCAAAUUUUAGUCAAGUGAAUAUUUAAGACUUAAUAAAAAUAUUUUAAAGAGAA